GGCUCGGGAAUGGGACACCUUUAUCGAGACCUGUGUCGCACUCUGGGUCAAAGCGAUCAUCGCGCGGCAAGAGGAUCGUCACGCACUCGCGCUACGUUUCCUCUCCAUUCCUCGUCCGUUUCGUGGCGCCGAAAGUAAUUCGGAAAGAUUCCACGCGUUUCGGGUCAACCGCUCGCGGCCGAUACGACGUUUUUCGCAAUCGGCGAAUCGGCAACGCGGGUUCAGGCCCUCAUUAUACGCUCGUUGAAGAUUGAUUCGCGCGUGAAGAAGCCGCAAGCGCGCUUCUCGAAUGCCUCUGCUGUGAAUUUUCCGCGAGGAUGAGCCGUUUGUUGAAGGUUCUCUGUAAUAUCGUGACGUCAUUGAUACGCCGAGAUGAACUUUCCCGCGCGGGCCCGAUCGUAGAGCGGAUCCAGCAGCCCGCUCCUCGGAUUACAUCACGGAUCCGAAUCGCCAAUAUAUCUGGCGGCCGAGCCACGUGCGCGACAGCGCGACGACAUCCUCGAGACAUCGCCGAGAAGGCGAGGAGAGGACGAAGCUCUCUCUUCCUUUCUUUUUCUCUCGCCCACGGCGAAAUCGGCGGCGAGCAUUAUCGGCGAUUAUCGGCCCGGGGGACAGUAAAUUAAACGGCUAGAUUGUCUGAUGGCUAGGGAUGGGAUCAAGUUCGAUGUGUGUCGAUCGCAGAGUCGAUGCAGAUUGCUUCGUCAAACUCGUAAUAGCAUCCGCGAAGGCUGUCUUGCUCUUCGAUAGAGAAUCUGGUUUCCGAAUCGUUCGGAAACACGCUUCCUUCGUUUGCACCUUCUACUACACAUGCGAAAUGCAUCUUCAUCUUCUUUGUUUUGGCACAUCUGUUCUUUUGAGAUUUCAGCGUUCAUUCUCUUCUCCACUCUUUCCUCUCUAAUCUUCUCCCAUUUCCAUUUCUGGCGAAAACUUUCGAAAAUGAUCAUUAAUGUCUUCAUUCAUGUCAAGACUUAACAGGACCAAACUAUUAAAAUUGAAAAGCUCAUCAUACCGACUACGAUCGCGGAGAUUCACGACUUUUGCGAGACACUUAAUCCCAUCUCUACUGAUUAACACCAGGAGAGGAUAAAGCCGACUGCGAGGAUGGUGGUGCCGGCGUUCUCUCUUUCUUCCUCUCUUUCGGUGUUCUGGGAUCGCACGUUGACGGUCCCUGGGGAUCGGCGCGGUGACGGCACCGGGUGGCACAGACUAGCAUCCUUAUCUCGGGGGAGCCGUGCGCCACGGCUCUCUCGUCACAACGCUCUCGUCGAUGCUUCACGCCCGGAGGAUUAGCUCGACCACCAGUUGCAGUCUCGACACGACCCUCGACCGGUCGUGACGCACCGAUCGCCUUUCGGCCCCCGCGACGCGUGCCCUCGCGUGCAUCCCGCGCACGUACCUCGCUCGUUGGUUCAUUGCUUAAUUUCAGGACUUGCUUGUCUUGAUCGUUUCUGAGCGGAAUAUACCGGUCGAAGAGAUAUCAUCGAUGUUAUCGAUGUCAUUGAAUUGAUACCUUGUAACGUCAAUCCCCUGAUCAGGGAUGUCUUCAUUGCUCUUGGAGAUCGAGUAAAACAUAAAUAAAAAUUUGUUUCUACAUCAAAAAAAGCUAAACUGGAUCUGUCCAUUUGCUGAACAAAACGCUAAAUGGGCGAGACAUUUAUCCGUCUAUCAUAAACUAUAUAGAUUUGUAAUAAUUAAUUUGCCUCGCGAUUGAAUAUAUUGCAAUCAAUCCUCGAGACAAUUAUGUAAACGUGCACGUCACGGUUUAGUUGAAAUUGUUCUUUGGAAAAUUCUAAUCGCGCACGAUUUUCGAUUUUCGCCACGGGAAGCCACCCUUCUACGUGAAACCAAUACUUCGACCUCGCUUCCGACCGAUCGAUCAUCAUGAUUGAGGAAGCUACGACGCUCGACAUGACGGACGAACUGCUGUUCUCCGCCCUGGGCCUGACGAUGGACACUAAUGUCGACAGACAGCUAUUGUCACCGAUCGAAAUGAAUCUAAUACCUAACGAUCACGAGAUAUCGUGCGCAACCCCACUCAGCGAUGAUUUCGGAAUAUUCGACGGCCAAUUCAACGUGGCAGCAAACCCGAUGGACUGCUACACCGAUUUAACUUCUAAAUCGUCUUGGAACGACUGGUCCAUCACCAACACGCCUACGUCAUCGGGUUGUUUGAGCGAGUUGGGCGAACUGGAUUCGGAGCUUGGAGACUGGUGCUUGGAGAGGAACUGGGACUCCGGUCUUCCGGAGAGAACACCGCUGUGCACCGCCGGGUGCGAGGGAUUCCUGCAUUUGCCGCCUCUGCCUAAUCCGCAACAGACGCCCCAAUACGAGGAACCGCUGCUCGUGCUGGGGAUCGAUUUACGAGCAUUGGAGAACACAUUAGCAGCGAAUACGAUAGAUUACAACAACAACCAGUUAGACGACAAUCUGCUAAUCUCGUCAGCAGCUACCGCCGCGUUAGCGACGCACGAUUACACGAACCGCAGUUUGGCAAAUGCGGCGGAGGAUCGAUGCUUCCCAUGCACUUACCAAGGCUGCGUAAAGGUCUACGCCAAAGCAUCUCACCUCAAGGCUCAUCUACGUCGGCACACCGGUGAAAAACCGUUCGCGUGCACUUGGUCUGGCUGCGGGUGGCGUUUCAGCCGAUCGGAUGAAUUGGCAAGGCACCGGCGAUCGCACUCGGGAGUCAAACCAUAUCCGUGCGAGAUGUGCUCGAAGAGAUUCGCGCGUAGCGAUCACCUGGCCAAGCAUCGCAAGGUGCAUCGAAAGAAUGCUUAUCCGCUGUUCCACGGCGGCAGGGGAUUACGCGGCGCCAAGAUAGACGUUUUACCCGCGGAAAUCUAGGAUUUCGCAAUAUCCCAUUAUAUCCCGCCGAGACGAGAGCUGCAAUUCAUUACCGAUGACGCAAGCGAAACGAUGUUGUAUAGUUUUUAUGUAGAUUGACCAGAGUAAAGUACUUAAAGUGAUUCUACAAGGAUAAUUAGCGUACGAGAUAACGCGCUAAAGGAAUAAAAUGUAAACUGGUGAUUCUUGGUAUCUUCGGCGGCUAACAUUCUUUUAAAUUCUCGAUGUGGUUUCGAUGCCAUCUCGAAAACAAAACAUCAAGUUUCCUUUUCCUUAUUUUACUGUUAAAAAUAUAUAUAAAUGAAAUGAUGCCAAAAAUUUGAGAGAGAAAGAUAAGGAAAGACACAUCUCUGCUUUAGAACCACUAGUGUAAAUCGUGUUACAAGAUCACAUCAAGAUUGUAUUUUCUACGACAAUCGAAAGGUUUGUCAAGUAAAUUUUUAAGGUAGCAAAUUUUAAACAGUUACUUUAAAUUGAAAAAGUUACAUUAGAUUAACUCAACCUAAUAUUAGUGUGACCAGUCCCUAUUAACGGCAGUUAAAAAUUAUUCCGAUAAGAAAUUUUUAUCAGCAUUGUAUGGGAUGCUAAUAAAUAUUUUUCAUGAC